AUGCUUAACCGGAAUAACUCGGUCUUCUUCUUCUUCAUCAAUUUGUGCCUAGUUUUUGCACUGCAUAAUGCCUCAAGCGACAAUGAGAGAAAGCCAUACGUUGUGUAUAUGGGAGCAUUGCCGGCAGGAGGAUCCAAGGUUUCUUUGCCGGCUGUGCACCACAACAUUCUGUCCCAGGCAAUUGGAGAUGAGAGAAUAGCAGCACAGUCCAAGAUUCAUAGCUAUGGAAGAAGCUUUAAUGCUUUGGCAGCAUGGCUGCUGCCCCAUGAAGCCAAAACAUUAUCCGGAAUAUAUGUUGACAUACCAAGCUUCAAUGAUAAGGGAAUUGGUCCUCCUCCAACAAAAUGGAAGGGAUCUGAUGAAUUUCUAUGUCGUGGCAGUAAAGUUAUUGGUGCCCAAGCCUUCAACCUACUUGAUAACAGUAACCAGUCAAGUUCUCCGGCGGACUUCGUAGGCCACGGCACGCACACCGCUUCCACCGUUGCCGGCUCAUUGCACCAAGGCGCAAGCCUUUACGGGCUGCUCAACGGUACAGCCCGCGGCGGAGUGCCGGCGGCGCGGAUAGCUAUGUACAAGGCAUGCAACAAGGUCGGGUGUGCGGACGUGGACAUCCUCGCGGCGUUCGACGCCGCCAUUGCCGACGGCGUGGACAUAUUGUCGGUCUCCAUAGGCGGCUCCCCGGCGUCGUACAACGAGGAUUCGGUCGCAAUCGGCUCCUUCCAUGCUAUGCAGAAGGGCAUAUUGACUUCUUGCUCGGCCGGAAACGAGGGAGAUCGAGGGACGGUAACAAAUGUCGCGCCGUGGAUCUUCACGGUGGCUGCCGCUUCCACCGAUCGACACUUGGUGACUGAAGUUGAAUUGGGUGAUGGACGAAAAUUCCCUGGAAUUUCUCUCAACUUAUUUAACAGCAGUUCAUUUCCACUCACAAGUGGAACACUAGCAAGCUUACUACAUGACGGUUCAGGCCGAAAUUGUUACAAGGGUACACUUGACGAAAGAAAGGUGAAAGAAAAAGUUUUGUAUUGCGUAACUCAAAACCAACAAGAUUAUAUUAUAGAGGAGAUGGAUGGAAAAGGAAUUAUCAUUUCUGAUCAAGUUCCUCAGCAAAACGCAUUUACCUUUAGAAUACCAGCUAGUAUUGUCAAGUUCCCAGAAAUUGGUGAUAAAAUUGAAGCAUAUAUCAACUCUACUAGAAACAUAGAUGAUACAAGAACCUCGGUCUACAACGUUUUGUCGGGAACAUCCAUGGCUAGUCCGCAUGUUUCAGCUGCAGCUGCCUAUGUUAAGUCUUUCCAUUCUGAUUGGUCACCUGCCGCAAUCAAGUCAGCCUUGAUGACUACAGGUAAGAGUGUCAAAGUUGCCGUUAUAACAACAUUUUACAUUGUAUCGAUUUCAGCAAAACCGCUAGGGGUAAAGGACGUAGAUGUGGAGCUAGCAUAUGGAGCGGGGAUGAUUGACCCGACAGCAGCCACGAAUCCCGGCCUGGUUUUCGACAUUGAUGAAGCUGCCUACAUAAACUUUCUCUGCAAAAUUGGAUACAAUAGUUCCAACUUACGACAAAUCACUAGUAACGCAACCAAAGACUGCUCGAGAAUUGUACACACAAAUGGAGAAGACGGACUCAACUAUCCCACUAUUAAUUUAAACUUGAAUACCGUUUCUAACAAUCCCAAGAUUGAUGGAGUGUUUCAUCGUACUGUCACCAACGUUGGGGAAGCGUCGGCGGUUUACAAGGCGACAAUUGAAGCACCAAAGGGUCUCUCCAUUGAGGUUUCUCCCAGUGUUUUGUCAUUCGACAGUAAGAAGGAGAAGAAAUCUUUUCAGGUUUCUUUGACAGGAAACUACCCAAAUGAAGAGACAAUGUACUUGUCUGGGUCUAUAAUUUGGAGUGACUCUAUACACAACGUGAGAAUUCCAGUACUUGUAUCAAGGCCUGCGGGAAUACGGGACAAUGAUUGUUAG